AUGAUUAAAAUCUGGUCAAUCAAGAAGGAUAGUUCUUCAGCCGAAAAAAAAAAAUCGAAAAUUAGUGCCGCUCAGAUUCGUGUUCAAAAAGACUUAACUGAGCUGGCACUCCCGGAUACAAUGCAAAUGAGUUUUCCGGAUGAAUCAGAUCUUCUCAAUUUUAACUUGUCUAUAACACCUGACGAAGGCUUUUAUCGAGGUGGUGUGUUUAAAUUCACUUUCAACAUAAACAAUAAUUAUCCUCAUGACCCUCCAAAGGUUCGCUGCACUCAAAAGAUUUAUCAUCCCAAUAUUGAUCUUGAGGGUAAUGUUUGUCUGAACAUCCUUCGUGAAGAUUGGAAGCCUGUCUUGAAUUUAAAUUCUGUUUUGGUGGGAUUGCAAUAUUUGUUCUUGGAGCCAAAUCCUGAAGAUCCGCUCAAUAAGGAAGCUGCUGAGGAGAUGAGAAAUAACCGGAAAAACUUUGAAUACAAUGUAAAACAAUCGAUGAGAGGUAAAGAUGUUAAGGGCGUCUAUUUUGAAAACGUACUAUCCUAG